CGUUUUCGUUGGCCCGCGUUCAGGCGGGUUUCAGCCUGUUUUGAUAUGGCGCGCGCAUGGUGUUUUCGGGCGCGCACUUCAUUUCGGUGUAAUCAUAGUUGCUGCACAAUUUAGACCUGCUUACUGCGCACUCGUAGCUGCUACAGUGCAGAUUUAGCGAUGAAAACUAAUUCCUGAUAUGUUAAGGGAAACGUCCCAAAGCUGCGACGUCGCACUGUGACUUUGACAAGUCAGCGAUGGACAACGAGGCGAUUCGCGGGAAAAUCAGGAAGUGUAUCACAAGCAAGAACUUAAAGCCAGUGCACCAAUUUUUGCUCAACAAUGCGGCCAAAGGUGGAUCGGACGUAUCGGCAAUUGCAAAAAAAGUUAUCGAAGAACUUCCCGACAAUGACUUCGGACGAGAACAGCAUAAGGAGAUGUUUGACAUCAUCCUGUCUAUAUUGAAAAAGUUUGAUCUCUCACCUGAAGUCUCCUCUUCACUUAUAGGAGUUCUCAAUUCUGAGGUGAACAACUUGUCCGUUAGCACACGUGCAGCUGUUGUGUAUGACCUUCUUGAUGGCCUGAAGGAAGGAAUACCGUUGGACAGAAGAUGGCUUGAGGUGCUCCCGGACUUAUUGACAAGUAUUUCUCAAAGUGAUACUGUUUCUGCAAGGGGCGAUAGGCUGUCUGGUGGGCAGUUUAAGAAAUUGGUCGUGGAAAAUCUCUGCUCCUGUCCGUGGGAACCUAAAUGGGCCACACCAUUGGCACGCAUUCUCAGUGAGAUUCCACUUGAUGCAUCUGAACUGCAAUUGGCCAUUCCAAAGAUGAUGAGGGUUUUGCCAAACCUCGAAUUACCUGAAGUUCCUCCCCUUGUGUAUCAACUACUACUAUUCUCCAACCAAGAAUGCACUGAAAUCUUAAUAGAGUCAGUAGUUAAAUUCUUCAGAGAAAAGGAUUUGGAGAUAGAAGAGCUGCGAGCAACUGCAUUGAAUGGAAGGGAGAACCUUGAACAGACAGAAGCUACCGUAGUUCUUCACAUUGUUUUUGCUGCACGUCAGAACCCUACCAUCAUAAAUUUUUUUAUUAAAAUGCUAAAGGUGAGGCAGAUGAAAGCAGAGUUCAUCUUUGGCCAGUUCACGCUUACACUUGCGCUGGCUCUUGCUAAAACACGACACUUCACUGAGCAGGUACUUGAUGUCUUGAAAUCUGCUGCAUCAUUUCACAUUCAAAGGCAAGCCAAGUAUAGAGAGUAUAUGUGGGUUCGAGAAAUGAUUCCUGUGCCAAAGGACAUCAAGCAGCUUAUUGUCAAUAUGAUUAAGCACAGCAAGUGUGGCUGGGAAGAAUCGUCACAAAGCCUUGUUGAAUUUGGUUUUUUGCUUAUGGACAUGUACAAUCCUCGUGCUGGAUUUGGAAGAACAGGGCACAGCACAGCUUUUGACUGCUGCCAACUUGGACAAGCAAUUGUUCUUGAGACAUUCAUAGUAAACAGGGAUGCUUCUGGCAACAUCAUGGACCUCGUUGUUGAUCGGUUUCUGUCCAAGCCAUGUGCACCUACAGAUCAUUAUUUCGAGCUUCUGGCCCAAAUGAUUCAGACAACACCUCAGCUCCUAGUUCAGUGCCAGUCACAGAUGCAGAAGUUAUUGGGCCACCUGCCUAACAUGCCCUGCCAUAGCACUGCAAAGCUCUUACGUGCAUCAACACCACUCAUCAAGGCAUCUGCAACGCUUUGUGACUGGCUUAUGAUCGUGCUGCGCAAGCUGCUUUUUUACCGUGAGUUGGAAUGCCGGAAGGUGGCAGUGUCUGGUAUCCUCGUUCUGCUUCGCAACCUCAAGCCUCGAGGACCUGUUGGUGGCUUUGGUCGGGAGGUUGACUUUACCUUAAGUCAGCUUUCCGUGCAAGUUCCCCAGCAAAAUGACCCUGGCUCACACCAUUCAGUUUGUAUGGAGCUGCUUGGUCUACUUAGUAAGAGCCUCACACAGCAGGGGGCCUUACGUCAAUUGCUAUACCAGGGGUUUCCUGAAGUCAUAGAUCAAAACAUCAACCUGACUGAAGCUGUCUUGGAGUUGCUUGUCUUACAACUUCAGAAGUAUUAUGAUGGAGAUGACAAUUCAUAUCCUCCAUUGAAAUUAUCUGGAGUUGUCCAAAUCAAUAUGGACAAGGCAGUUUUGCAAGAACCUCUGAGCCAGCUCGUCCUUGGUGCCCACCGAUGCCUCAUGAUUGCAAAGAAACAUUCUCAAGGUUCCACUGAUGAUGGACAAGAAAGUGGUGUUCAACAGACUCUCCAGAAACUUCUGGGGAACUUAACAAAGGUCAUGGUGGAUGCUGAAUUGGAGGCUUUUUCAUUGGACAAGAUGUCUGACUUUAGCAUGAGUAGUGUUGGUCAGAAGAAUAGACUCAUUGCAACAGAGCUAAGAAAUAUUUGCGAAGCACUUAUUGAGCACACUCUGUCAUGUGGGAGUUGGAGUGCCAGCAGUGCACAAGUCUCCCUCAAGCUUUUUGAGCAGCUGAAUGACAUUGAGCAACUGCUUCAAAAUGGUUCCAACAAAAAAAAGGACAGUAAGGCCAGUGCUUCAAGCAAGAGAAAGGAUGCCAAAGCAAAAGCAGCACCACGAAAAGGUUUACCUUCACUUCUUAGCACAAGGUUCCUAGGGAAGUUCUUGGAGAACCUUUUCUGCUCUUCAUCUGAAUACAGUGGUCUCUCAGAACUGUCAGAAAAUUCGAGCUUCAUGCAACACAUUGUAAGCGCGGCACGGCAUGAACUUGUGAAAGUCCAGGAACCGGGGACUUUUGAAGCACUUUACAAUGAACGCCUCCUCCAGUCACACUUCAAAAUUUCUAGGGUUUUUCUUGAGGUGUGCAAGCAGAAGUCCAAAGAGUCAGACAGCGAUAUUACUGCCAUCUGCAUUGAGAGUCUUGGGAGCUUGGUUUCCAGUGUGACGAAACAUCAUUUUGAUCACCUGCCUCUCCUGCUCGCGACAUUAGAGGGCAUGGAUUCAUCUGAAGUUCCAGACCUUAAGGAGCUAACAAAAUCUCAGUACACAGUGUACAAGGCACUGGUGAAUGACAUCUUGUGUCAGACUGAAGACAGUACACGAUUGAAGGAACUCAUUCCCAUAAUGCUCAUCUGCUGCUGUCUGAGCCGUUUUAUUGAACCGGGUUCUUUGUUGUUUGGUGAGCUCCAAGAUUGGAUAAAGGAAAUCUGCAAGCAGCAAAGCAUAACCGAUCCAGCUGUAGCUCGCAGUCUACUCUCAUUUUAUCUUAGUGUGAGCCAUCAAACACAUGACUGCCUCAAGAACUUUGGCAAUAUUGCUGUCUGCUUCCAUUACAACCUUGGAGAUGUAGAUGAGGAUGUAGAGCUUUCCACUAAACAAGUGUUCUCCCUCAUCAAUGCGAAGACAGUGGCAUCACUAGUGCCAGUACUUCUUGAGCACAUUCACAAAGUACAUGAACGCAUCGACUGGCUACUGGCUCUGGUCAGGUCCUGUACUGCCCUGGAAGCACACAUGAAGGAUAAUGACAGUGAAGACUCUUCAGCAUCUUCGAGGCAGGUCCAGGAAGUGGGCCUGUGCCGGCAGCUUGGCUACCUGGUGGCGAUAUUCAUAGAGCUGACCCAGUCCCAGCUGCCAGCGGGCCAGUGCACUGUGGCUGUCAUGAAGCAGCUCACUCGACUGUACAAUUCACUCGCUGGCCUUAGCAAACUGUACCUGUCACUCUACAGCUCCAAGUUUGGUAGCUUUUGCAGCAAAUAUGAAAAGCUUAUAAAGCUUGCAGCCACACAGCUCACACCGAAUGUCUACUCAAUGAUCACUUUCCUACAAAAUGCAGAAUCUGAAAGGGAGCCAUCGAAGAAAAAACCACGAAGAGAUGAAGUGCAGAAGGCUGCAGUUGCUAGGGAAAUAAGCACCAUUCCAUCUCUGAUUUACGCUAUUGAGCAACAUGAGAAGCUGCUCAUCCAAUUGGUGAAGAAGUCAAAGGUUAACUUAAUGGAGUUUGUGAAGAUGAGUACUGCUAGAGACUUUCGCAUUAAUUCAGCUACAGUACAGGCACGCUUGGAGGAGUCUGCUGAAGCCAACGGUAGUGCGGAUGAGGACAACGGAAGCGUGGCUUCUACGGGCAGCUGUUCAGCACCAAGGUCCGGUACCGCAAAACCAAAAAGCAAACGGCUCCGUAAAGCCCCAGGAAGCAAGAAGUGACUGUUGCAUGGUAGCAUAUGAAUAAUUAUGUGUAGAUCGUCACUAUAAAAGUGAACUGGAUAAUAUUUUAUGUCAAACCUUCACUGAUGUGAGUAUGUGAAAUUCACUGUAGAGGUGUUUUUUUUUUUUUUAUACUGAAAAUACUGGAGGCUUCUUUUGUGCUGUGAUUGUUUGGUUGAUUUAGCUGUAGGAAAGAUGGUCAAUGCGUAGUCUUGUCCGAGUUUUAUACUUCUGACUCAAGAUAAUUUUUUGGUUUCGUUUACUUUGCUGCAUCUAUCUUUGUUGGCUUGAACUUCUCAGCAGUCUUAUUGCGCAGUUGGGCCAGGUUGAAACACUCUUAUCUUAGUAUGGUGCUUGGAUUGUUAGGUGUUAGGAAGUUAAAACGCAUAAAUCUUGGCAACCAGCCGCAGCAAUCUUUAAACCUCGCUGAAUGUGAUUGGGCCCUUUGUUUGCAAUACCAUAAAUGAGCUUAAGGCUUUUGACAGUUAGUUUCACCUGAAGAAAAGAAGCUUUGCCAGGCAUUAGACAUUGUCAAGUUGGAUGCACAGGUGUGGUACUGAGUGACAACCCUGUAAGGUUAAUGGUGACCAUUGCUAAGCAGGUUCUUUAAUGCACUCAACAGUAAGGUUUUUGUGGGAGAGGCAUUACGCACUAGCCGUACAUAAUGACUUUGCAUUUUUCCUCCCGGCCAGCAUGAUCUACAAGGAGCUGUCUGCAAGAUUCUCUCAUGUAGCACUGAUCCUUGCCGCAAUGUUUAAAUCCAGUGGACUACUAUGCCUUAGGGCAAAAUUCAGGUUGACAAGUUGACAAGCGGCCACGUAAUACAAUAAAAUUUCAAAAGGAGGUUGUCAUAGAAGAAGAAAGCACCACUAAAUUCAAGUGCAGGCCAAAAUUCGCCAUGCUUCUCUAGGGUAGCUAUAUAGUAUCUGUGGACUGUGGUAUUUGGCACAAAAAGCAGCGAAAACAAUCGCUUGGGCUCUUAUCACAUGCUUGCUGCUUGUCACCAUCACUGUCGUCUUUUGUGCAUCAUAAAUUUUUCAUCCCAGGGCAGGCUGCAAUGUCAGCUGGUUUGACUGAGUCAAGACUAAGGUAUUAUGGUCUAUUCAGUUGUUCCUGGAACCACAUCAUUAGUAAGUGUAGCCAAAGGGGGUUUUACGGUGCUGUUCUUUAAAGCUACAGUUGUACAAAUAGUUGACAAGGCUUGGUGCAGAGUACAUUGACUUCUUUUUUAAAUAUUGUUGAUUUACUUCAAUUUUUCAUGUUCCAAAAUACUAGAACACUGUUAUUGCACAUCUUGCCAUUUUACACUCUUAAAUUUGGGUGGCCAUGCCCAUAUUAUUAUAUUACUACCUUCAACGUUUGCAAGCCUUACAUAAUCAUCAUUAAACUUUUCAAUUCUGCUUUAAUGCGCAGGCCUGCAAAAGAGUAGCUGGGCAAUCAGCCCCACCAUGACUUGUCAAUGCCAGUAUUACUGGAUUUAAUUCUCUUGCCUUAAUUAAGCUCUUCAGUGGUAUAUUUAUAGAUACUUGGGCAAGUCCAAGUCACUUGCAGAUCGUUAUGAGAAAUCAUCAUUCUGCAGCGGAAAAUAAAUCUACUUAUAAUGAUGAUGACUUGCUGCUCAAGAUUAACUAAAUUUUGGUACAUUCUCGGUACAUUCUCAGUUACUGUUGGUUCAGAUUUGUGAUCAUUCUGUUUGCCACUUGUAAUGCCUCUGUCAUGUGAAUGUGUGAUUCUCAAGCUGCCAAAAGACAGCUUUUAUUUGCCGCUCCUCUGUCUAUUUUGAAAUGGACAAAAAAUAAAGUUGAUUGAUUGAUUGAU